AGAGUGAGAGAGAGAGAGUGAGAGAGAGAGGAUGAGUUUGGCUGGAGGAUGGAUUCAGGAGGAAGGAGGGGUUAAGAUAGCAAAGUGCUGAGCCAGUGGCUUUUCCACAGAGCAGCUGGCUGGCAUCAGCACCGGACGGGCCGCUCAGAGGAAGGAUACCUUGAAGACGCCUCUCAUCCGCUCGCCGUGGGACGCUGAGGUCGACUUCCAGGAGGUGUUCAUGGGAUGCACUAUCUACGCAGCCAGCCCUAAGGCCCUGCCCGCCGACGAGGCCCCAGGCCAGGACAGAUACUACCAGCUCCCCCACUGCCGCCCUCCUCAUGGUAACUGCAGUCAGAGGAUAGCAGCCAGCAGAGCCAGGGCCAGGAGCAUGACUGAGCAGCAGGAGCAGAGCGAAGAAACAGGCCUGCUCUCAACUCAGGACCUGGACCCCUCCAAGGACGACGACACACACGGACACUUCAGGUUUCAGCUGAUCGAGGACUUGUCCUAUGAAGAUGUGAAGAAAUGCUACAGGGGCUCGUGUGUGUCUUGCAGCAGCCUGCUCCAGGCCCUGGAUGUGCGCGAGUGUGUGUGUGUGUACGGUGCCAACGUGCUGAGCCUGGUGCAGAGCUCGCGUCCUCUGAGGGAGAGGGUGGUGUCUGCAGCCAGCGGAGUGGCCGGCGGCGGCGGAGUGGCCGGUGGUGCCGGCGGCGCUGGUGCCGUGCAGGCAGGCCGGUCCACCAAGGAGCUGCUCAUGACUCUGCCCUGUCCCUCUGCACAGACUGUCAGCAAGUACAACUCGCAGUACCACAAACUGUUCCAGUGUGUACCCAAGGAUGAGAUUCUCAUGAAAGUGUACUCCUGCGCUCUCCUCAGAGACAUUCUUCUACAAGGUCGACUCUACAUUUCCAGAAACUGGCUGUGUUUCUAUGCCAACCUCUUCGGCAAAGACAUCAAGGUGGCGAUCCCUGUCGCCUCCGUGAGGCUGGUGAAGAAGCACAAAACAGCCGGCCUGGUGCCCAACGGCCUGGCUAUCACCUCAGACACCGGCCAGAAGUAUGUAUUCGUAUCGUUGCUGUCAAGAGACAGCGUGUACGACGUCCUUCGCAGGAUCUGCACACACCUACAGGUCAAUGGGAAGAGUCUGAGCUUGAAGCAGUUCAUGGAGGAGCCGAUCUUGUCAUUGGGCGAGUUCCCGACCACAGACGAAUUCCCCGUGGUGGACCAGUUCCCCUCAGUGUUAAAGUGGAGGAGGAAACCCUCCGUGGUGUCUGUGUCCUCCUCCCUUCCUGACCUCCUGGGAAACUCCACCAGCAGCCUGAGCGCCGCGGACACCCCCUUCAAAUCCGAGCAGCUGCUGGAAGAGCGAGCGCUGCAGACAGACAGGGGUCUUCUAUCAGAGCCGAUGGCCGAGCUGGGCCAGAUGGAGUACCAGCUGCUCAAGUUCUUCACCCUGCUUAUCAUUCUCCUCAUCCUGUCCUCCUGCUACUUGGCCUUUCGUGUCUGCAGUCUGGAGCAGCAGCUGUCCUUCCUCAGUAACCCCAACCUGCCCCUGAGAGAGAGGUAACCACUGCUCUCUGCUGCGACUCCUCCGAUCGGCUGCUCUUUGCUCUUCUCAUGCUCGUAGUCGUCGACGUCCUCCUGCACAGGACCAGCUUCUGAAGCCCCGAGUAGAUCGACCCCAGCACCAGCUGCAAAACAUGACGGUGCAACAUCUGUCCGGCUGCAGGCACCUUACGGACCGUCCCCUGGCGGAACGAGUAGAUUCAGUGAUCACUUCCAGACUAUGCAAAACAGACUGUGUGUAUUUAUUUUUCAAUAUAAAGUAGGUUUUACUUCAGAUGAGGAUUGUCUCCCGUGGCCUGUCCCCCCCACAGACGUUUCAUUUUAUCAACGCUGAGAUGGUGUGAGCAGUGUAGAGGUGUAGAAGCAGUGAUGGAGGAUAGAAGUGAGAGGGGGGGGGAAAGGUACGAGAUAAUUCUACACGUUAAUUACUUGAAAAAAACUGAUAGCGUUGACGUAUCAGCUGAGCUAGUGGUGUUAAUAAUCUGACUGUGGACUGAACCAACUGUUUUUCAGUAGAAAGGUUAAAACUAGCUGCAACGAUGCACUUUUAAGAAAAUACGUCCACAUUAUUUCAAAUGUAUGUAAACUCAUCAAAGUUUAGAUUUGUUGUUUUGCUUGUUAACAGGUACUCGGAUGUCUUUUUUUAAAAAGUAUUUAUGGAAGGAAAUCAUGUUGUGGCGAGUGACUGAAGUGACCUGUUAGUUUAACUGUAACAUACUGGAGCAAUGACGCCACCUGUGGGUGUUAACUGUAAAGUGAAUGAGAUGUUUCUAGUUGUGUUAGUCUGCUGUACAUGGAAGGAGCGCACAGGCUGUUUGUUCUUUUAUACGUUUCAAAUGAAGUCACCAAAAGACUCAAAAAUGAUGCAUUGAGGAUCAGAGUGUUCAUGAGGAAGUGAAGAUAUUUCACUGACUGAAAAACGGCUGAAAUGUAGAUGUAGACUAGUUUGUGAAAUCUCUAUCAAUUAAAUUGGCAACAGAAAUGUGGCAGAGGAAAA